CUUCUGGUUAACUACGGUUAAUUAAUCGCUCAUGGCGACUGUGCAUCGAAACUCAUUUCAAAUGAAUUAAUACAGAGCUGUUUACGAAUUAGGCAGUUAAGCAAGAAGAAGAGAGUCGGCGAAAAGCACCGCAAAAAUGAGUCGGAACUGGACCUACAACGAGCAGCGGAGGUUGAUGUCUCAGCGGCAGAGCCAGGAGGAGCGCAGGCAGCAGGAGGCCCGGCGUUUGGACAGAGAGCGGCAGAUGCAGGCCAGUCUGCGGGACGAGGAGAGCCAUGAGAGGCGGAGAUAUCUGCGACAGGUGCAGGAAGAAGUCAAGGAGAGGCAGGUGGAGAGUGCACUGCUGAAGGCAGAGGAGGACAGAAUAAACAGAGAAAAGCAACUUGAACAAGAGGAGAGAAUAGCUAAAGAGCUGGCCCGCAUCAAUUACGAGACGCAAAGAGAGGAGAAGAUGAGACAGUAUAUUAAAGAGAACAGCUUGGAGCUUCGAGAGUUGGAGUCAAAACUGAGAUCUGCAUAUCUGAAUAAGGAAAGAGCUGCACAGAUUGCUGAGCAGGAGGCUAUGAAGUUUAAGACAAUGCGUGAGGAGGCAGACUUUGCUCGUAAGAUGAAGAGCGAACAUGAGCAAACGGCCAUUGAGCAGCAGAAGCUGGAGCAGAAACGCCACGAGGAGCUGGUGCAGUAUCAGAGACAGCUGGAGCAGCAGCUCAUGGAGAAGGAGCGCAAGAGACAAGAGGCAUACGAGGAGUUCCUCAAAGAGAAGCUCAUGGUUGAUGAGAUUGUCAGGAAGAUUUACGAGGAGGAUCAGAUGGAGAGACAGCUGAAACUGGAGAAAGUCAGAGCCACUCAGCAGCACAUUGAAGAAUUUAAGAGACAGCAGGCCGAGUGGAGACGCAUGGAGCAAGAAAAGAUGGAGGCCGAGAACAGACGCAUCGUGGAGUUUGUGAGCCGUCGAGAACACGAGGAGAAGACCAGGAUGGCUAAGAUCAGAGAGAGAGACGAAGCAAAGGAGCAUCUUCUUAAAUUACUAUCUGCGAAGAUGGAAGAGGAGAGGCAGCAGCAUGAAGACAUGGAGCGAGUCCGUGAGGAACAUUAUUUCGAAGAACGAGAAGAGGCUAACAGACAGAGAGAAAUUGAAGAGAUGGAGAAGAAAAUCCGACAGAGGCUGAUGAUGCAGCGGACCUGCCAGGAGCAGAUGGCUUUCAAAGAGAUGCGGAUCCGGGCAGAGAAAGAGGAAGAGGAGGCCUUUAGGAAAAUGAUGAUGGCCAAGUUUGCAGAGGACGAUCGGAUAGAGCAGAUGAAUGCCCAGAAACGACGCAUGAAGCAACUUGAGCACAAACGCGAGGUGGAGAAACUGAUAGAGGGCAAGAGACGGCAGCGUGAGGCUGACAUGGAACUCGAGGCUAAAGAAAGAGCGAUUGAGCAGGAGAGGGAGGCGCUGCGUAGACGGAUAGUUGAAGAGGAGAGGCAGCAACUUCUUAAACAUCACGCAACAAGACUCCUUGGAUACCUUCCAAAGGGUUUACUCCGUGAAGAUGACCUGGAGCACUUUGAUGAGGACUUCAGAAAAAACUUUAAAGCGCGUCAGGCAGACGUCCUCUCUGAAGACGGCUGGGAAGACGAUGAUUAGAUUGUUUCUCCUGAAAUUGCUUACUACGCCACUAGAUGGCAGUUUAAGAGAACUAUAUAGCAUUUUUUUAGUGAGUUCUUCAAUCCUCAGUGUGCAUUUGUUUAGCAUUCAGCAACAAGACAAUGAAUCAGAAACAUCUUUUUAUUAAGAUGUUGCUGACAGGAUCUUAAUUAAAAUAAAUCCAGGAAAGAUCUGAGGUUGUCUGGUGGCUAAUUGUGAGAAUAAUUAGGAGGCAAAUCUCACUCUGAAUUCAAACUCCACUCUUUUUAAUUGUCAUACUAAUCAAGUUCUGAAAGACCGUACUUAUGUCUUUUUGUUCCACAAAACAUGGAAAUAUCUCUAAAAAUGUGUUAAGGCACCUUUAACUGACUUUUCUUUUCAUCCAAAAGUCUCUCAGUGUUUAUGACUUCCCCCAGUCUAGAGCUUUCAUGAACUCCUCUUCUGUGAACGACAGCAGCUUGGCAGCUUCAAAAUGCAUCUGCACAGAAACAAAAAUUAGUCAGUUAAUGUUUGAUUAAAAACUCUGAACAGGGUCUGUAUUAACAGGGUGCAGUAGAGACACUUACCUUUUGCCUCUUGAGAAUGUCAAUCAGCUUGAGCUGUUUC